UUACUUGUCACAUGAAAAGCUGAAAACUGGUUUAUUUUGUUGUUAUUUACUUUUAAACAGUUGCUAUUUUUAGAACAAAAAUAUAACAAUACAAUGUUUUCAUAACUGUUGAAACGUGAACAAAUUGUGCGCAUUUUGUUUGUAAUCGACUGAGUUAAAUACUUUUUUCUUUCGUGCCUUGCGAUGUACAUUCCCGAUAUAAAUGAAUAUCAAUUGACUUCAAUAGUAGCAGAGUGUUGUGGUGGAGUGGCUGUCGUUUAUUCCGCUUUAUAUAAACCGAACAACCAAAAUGUGGCCAUCAAGAGAUACUUUGUGGACAAAAGUAAAGAGAAAGCCAAUUUGAUACAGCAAGAUAUCUUGACAAGAAAGGAGCUACAGCACCCUAAUAUUCUAUCAUAUUUGACCUCUUUUGUACAUGGUAAGGAGUUGUAUGUGGUCUCACCGUUGAUGAGUUUGGGUUCCUGCCGUGAUGUGCUGGACCGGUACUUCCAGGAAGGGCUUCCAGAGCUUGCUUGCGCUAUUAUACUGAGAGAUGUACUGUUUGCAUUACAAUAUUUACAUAAACAAUUAUACAUUCACAGAAGUGUGCGUGCAAGUCAUGUCCUACUUGAUACAAAUGGGUGUGUGAAGUUAUCAGGAUUACGCAGUGCAGCCUCGAUGAUGGUGCGAGGGAGACGGCAUAGACAAUUACACAAUCUGCCGCCACCCGACCAUGAUAAUGCUAAUCUAAUGUGGCUCAGCCCCGAGUUGUUGGAGCAGAAUUUAAAAGGUUACGAUGAGCGUUCAGAUAUAUAUUCUCUAGGUGUGUUGUGUUGUGAACUGGCUAACGGUGCAGUUCCAUUCGCUGAUGUGCCAACAACUCUCAUGUUUACUGAGAAAGUAAGAGGCAACAGACCUCAGUUACUUGACUGUUCUUCGUUCCCGGAGCCACUUGAUGAUGGAGAAAUGAAGAAUCUUAUUUGGAAUGAAACAGAUGGUAUGUACAACACGGACAGUGGGGUGGGCGACAGCGCGGAGGGCGUGUGCCGCUUGCGUCAGGUGUUUGCAGCGCGCAAGCUCUCGGAACCCUUCCAUCAUCUCAGCGAACUGGCGCUGCAGAGAGAUCCUGAGCGGCGGCCGUCAGCCACGCAGAUGUUGAACCAUCAGUUUUUCAAGCAGAUAAGAAAGACGGAUUUCUUGCCGAGUCUCAUCGGACGAGUGAAACCAAUUAAACCUGACGCUAACGACAUAUCAGCGUUGCUGCUGCAAGAGAAAAUGUCAGAAAUGGAUAUAGAGAAACAAACGGAGUGGGACUUCUAGUACCAGAACAAUAAAUCUUAAUAAAAAUUUAGGUCGUACUUUAUCAGAUAAAUCGUAAGUCGAAGACUUAGAGAUCAAUUUGCAUAAUAAUCCUUAUAACAAAGCCGAAUUUCACAAAAAAAUCAUCCAUCCCAUAGGCAAAGGAAAUAUAUUUUUGUACAAUAA